AGUAAGUGGGCGGAGCUUCCGCCGGAUGUAAUCGAUUCUGCACCGUCUUAGCGUGAUUGAGUUACUCAACAUCGGUCAGAAAGUGUGUAGAUCGUGGCGACGUGUCUGCCAAGAUACAUCGAUGUGGCAUAAAAUCGACUUGCGAAUCCCGAAAAACUUCAAAGCCUUGCACUACGAUUUCGAGGCCAUGUACCGUUACGCCGUCGAUCUCAGCCGUGGCGGCUUGCUGGAGAUCAACUUUGUCGACAUAGGAAGCUAUUCUCUCCUCACUUACAUCGCCAACAGGUCAAGUAAUCUGAGACGCCUUAGGGUUUCCGACUUCCUUGGAAUAACAAGGAUUGGAAUUUUCGAAGAAGUGGAAAAAUUCCCAUUGCUUGAAGAAGUUGAGUUUUCAUUUUGGUGUAUCAGAGAAGUGCUAAUAAAAGGUAUAGGUCAGCCUUGUCCUAAUCUGAAAACGUUGAAGCUAAACGGCAAGUUUUACAUGAAGUCUGCUGAUAAAGUUGCUCUAACAAUCGCUGAGACAAUGCCCGGUCUUUGCCACCUCCAGCUUUUUGGGAGCGGAUUAUUAUACACCGGUUUAAAAGCCAUUUUUGACAAUUGUCCCAACUUGGAACAUCUUGAUUUACGCCAUUGUUUCGAUUUUGACCUUGUUGAGGAUCUGGAGAAUCAGUUUUCCGAGGGUAUCAAAGUUGUGAGACGGGCUAAUUUCUUUUGAUAUGAACCUAACUAGUGGAUAUACGUUUUUGUUUCAGUACUUAAAGCAUCUACAUUUUGGUUAGGUUUAGAGACUCUCUUGAGUCUUUUGGCAAUUAAAU